AUGGCGAGAGAAGAGAAGAAGACCAAGAAAGGGAAGGUCAAGAAAGGGAGACCAUUUGUGUUGGCCCGUUGCUACAAUGUGUUGAAGGAUGAAGAGAAAUGGAAGCCCCGUGAUGACCAAGAGGAGAGCAAGAAAAGCAAGGAAACUAUUGAUUUGGAUGAUGAUGAGGGGAGGAGGAGGCAUCAAGUGAUGGCGGCAAGAGAAGCCCUACACCAAACUCGGUUGCCUACUCCAAACCAAAGAGACCAAAUGGAGGCAAGAAAGAUGAAGAAGAAGAAGAAUAAGAAGAAGAAGAAGAAGAAGAAGAAGAAGAGAGGAGGUGAUGAUUUAAAGAAUGCUAUGGAAGCUAUUGUGAAGGCACGAAAGGAAGCAAACGAGGUGAGGAUGAUGACAAGGAGCCAAGAUACAGAGGCCGAGGAGAGGAGGGUGGCAUUGGAGGAGAAGAAAUUGGCCAUGAAGGAGCGAUCUAGAUUAUUGAAAUGGGAGAAGCACUUGUUCUUCAUGGACACAUCUAAACUCGAUGAUAGGCAAAAGGAGUACGUCAUUCUUUCCCCUGAAGAAGUCGUAGUACAAAAAAGAGACAUGGCCAUGGAAGGCAUGGGAGCUACCAAUGGGAGGCAUGGGUGGCUUCGGAGCUACCAUGGGAGGCAUGGGAGCACCUACGGGAGGCAUGGGUGGCUUCGGAGCUACCAUGGGCGGCUGGGAGGCAUGGGUGGCUUCAAAGCUACCAUGGGAGGCAUGAGUUUUGGGUCUCUCAUGGGAGGCAUGGAAGCAACUCUGGGUGACAUAGGUGGACGCAUGUCUUCCUGUGUGCCUCACAUACCUUCUCAUUAUCCCGUUGGAGAUCUUACGAACACCAUCCGAGCUCCCGAUGAUGAUGCGGCGCUUGAAAAUGAAGAGGAGGAGGAAGAAUCGUUUUCGGAUGAGUAG